AUGUCCAAUAAAUUGAUUUACCCGAUUGUUCGGCGGUCAGCUGCCGCCUAUAGUCUUCAUGGGAAACUCAUACCAGACCCAUACGACUACUUGGAGGAUCCAUCCAACGAAGAGACUAAGUCUUUCGUCAAGAUGCAGAACCAACUGUUUGAAGAUGUUAUGGAAACAUCGUCCGAAUUUGCAAAAAAACUUGAAGAGCGUGUCGGUGCCCUGCAGAACUAUGCCCGCACAGGAUGUCCUUCUUUUUACGGCGGGAUGUACUACUAUAACUACAACAGUGGCUUACAAAAUCAAAGCAUAAUGAUGCGUUCAAAGCAACUCGAUGAGCCCGCGGAAGUCUAUUUAGACCCCAACGAGAUGAACGCGGAGGGCACCACGGCUAUCCGUGGCACGGGAUGGAGUAAAAAUGAGGAGUUGAUGGCGUACAGCAUAAGCAACAAGGGGAGCGAUUGGCUGACCAUCCACGUGCGCAGUGCUAAGACCGGUGAGGACCUGCCGGAUACGCUUCAGUGGGCUAAAUUUACAGGUCUGUCAUGGUGGGGAAACGAGGGCUUUUUCUAUUCCCGCUACCCAUCACUUGGAGAGGAUGUGGAUAAGGGCGCCGAAACCAAUGCGUCAGAUAACGCCUUUGUAUGCUUCCACAAAAUAGGGACGCAGCAGGAGGAAGACGUGGUGAUCCUCAAGGUCCCGGAGCACCCGUUGUGGAAUUUGAGUGCUCAGGUGUCAGACUGUCAAUUAUACCUUAUUGUGUGUAUUACGGAUGGGUGUGAGCCGAGGAAUCUUAUCUGGAUUGCACCACUUCCGUCUUCGGUGGAAGGUCUGUCGAAGCUAUUAAAGUUUCAGAAAGUGAUCAACGAAUUCGUUGCAGAGUACGGCUAUCUUGGUAACGACGGGGAAGAUUUUUAUUUCACAUCCACGAAGGGGGCGCCGCGAAGGAAGGUUAUAUGUAUGUCUCUUAAGGAUCAAAGUGAACAGGAUGUGGUUUCAGAGCAAUCUUCCUUGCUGGAUCACGUGGCUUUGGUCAAAGAAACGCUUAUUUUGGUUUAUCUGGAGGACGUGAAAAAUGUUCUCUACUACAGAACUUUGUCUAACAGUACCCUGCAUCGGUUGGACCUGCCCAUUGGGUCUGUUGUUGCGUUUUUUGCUGAGCGCGAGAAGGAAUUUGUGUCCUUCAAGAUCUCUUCCUUCCUGCUGCCAGGUCGCUCUUUCGUGAUGCGCAUCAAUGACCCCCAAGGCUCUCUCAAGAUAUUCAAGGACGACGCUAUCAGUGGAAUUGACCCGGAUAAAUUUCAAAUAAAACAAGUGUUCUACGAGUCCCCGGACGGCACGCGCAUCCCGAUGUUCAUCAUCCACGGCAACUCACCGGUAACAUCUUCAUCCCCCCUUCUGGUGUAUGGCUAUGGGGGGUUCAAUAUCUCUCUCACGCCGUCCUUUAACCCCUACCAUUUCAUUAUGCUGUCCAAUCUCCGUGGUGUGGUUGCAAUUCCCAACAUUCGCGGGGGCGGCGAGUACGGUGAAGAGUGGCAUAACGCCGGCCGUCGUGCGAACAAACAGAACUGCUUCACGGACUUUAUUGCCGCCGUGAAGUAUUUGCACUCCGAGGGUAUCGGCUCUCCUCAGACCACUGCAAUCAUGGGUGGCUCGAAUGGAGGACUUUUGGUUGCAGCGGUUGCCAAUCAAGCCCCAGAGCAGGUAAAGUGUGUUGUCUGCGCUGUCGGAGUUUUGGACCUGUAUAAAUUUCAUAAAUUUACUAUCGGACAUGCAUGGAUAUCGGACUACGGCGAUCCUGACAAGGAGGAAGACUUCAAAAUCCUCGAGAAGUAUAGCCCGAUACACAAUAUCAAACCAGACACAAAAUAUCCUGCGAUUUUGGUACUGACUGGGGACCAUGACGAUCGCGUGGUACCGUUGCAUUCACUGAAGUACGUGGCGACGCUUCAGCACACAAAUCCCAUUGAAGGUGGGCCUUUCUUGGCUCGCAUUGAAGUGGCUGCUGGCCACGGCGCAGGCAAACCUACAAGCAAACUCAUCAAAGAAAAGUCUGAUAUGUAUGCCUUUAUUGCAAAGAGUAUUGGAGCCACAUGGUAUGACCUAUAA